AUGGACGCACAAGCAGUCGCCUCGUCUAACAGCGCACCCCUGCUGCUGCUCAGCGCCGGCCGGCCGCGCAGCGUGUCGCCCGUCUCGCCCACACACGAACUCACCGAUCUGCGCGGCGCGCGGCUGUUCCGCGCCAUCGGCCGGCGUCUCGGCCGCGAGACCGACGAGGACUCUUCGUCCUCGACCGACUCCGACUCGCGGUCCUCCUCGUCCGGAGCCUGCUCCGGCAGCGGCAGCGGCUCUUCCGGCAAGGGAGACAGCGCUGCCGGCUCCUCUUCCGGCGCCAGCGGCAGUGGCAGCGACGACUCGGGCGUAGGCUUGAGUCCGCGCACCACAGGGCCGCCGAACGCCGGGGAUGCCUGCGGCCGCUCCGGCGCGCACGCCUUCCGCAAGGUGUUCCAGUCGCUCAGCAUCAACGCCCGCAGCCACAGCGCCAGCUGCGCCUCCAGCUCUUCGUCGCCCGCCACGCCGACGGGCCACGCCGGCCGCUCCAGCCGCCUCUCCGUGGCCGCCGCAGCCGCCGCCGCUCUCUCCUCUUCCUCCUCGGGGGGAAGAAAUGGCAGCGGAGGCAGCAACAAGAAGUCGCCGAAGCGCAUUCUGCGCUCGCCCGUCGCCUACACGUACGUGCGCGGCCUGUCCGGGCUGCCGACACAGCGCGUGCCGCGCGACUACCCCUGCGUGCUGCUGCCGCAGCCGGCGUGCUGCAGCGGCAAGUACCCGACAGCACCCAGACACUUCGCCGGACACGGCCUCAACCGCUGA